AGCUAGGUUGUAAUUGUGUAUGAGGCUCAACUUUAUAAACUAGAACAAGUGUUCAACUCUACAACUAUCCUCUAUCAAUUUCCAACAUCAGUUCUAUUUCAAACAACAUAUUAAAUGUAUCCAAGAGUGAAAGUGAGGGUCACAGAGCAAGAAGACUAUGUUUAUCCUGAAAAUGAUAGUGGAAUUUUGGCUUUUUUGAAGCUCAUUGAGUCUUUACACUUUGAAGAAGAGGAAAAUCAGAGUAAAAGUCAACAAUCGAAUUCCAAAAAUACAAAGGUUUGUCCUCAACAUAUAAUAACAAGAAGAUUCACUCCUUCAACCAAAGGAAUAUUGAAGAAUAGCAAACAAGCUGGUGAGAUUGUUCCAAAAGAAAAUGCAAGAGCUAGUUCUGUUAUACGCCCACGUGCAGUCCUAUCUAGUCCCGAUAAUGAUGAAUUAAUUGGAAGUAUACAUGAUCUGAACAACAAUGUAUCCUUAACUAAGAGAAAUAAAGAUGCAAGAGGGACCAUGAGAGGUCAUGCCAAGGUUUUGGCUAAUCAAAGGCAAAGCUCCUCCAAAAGCAAAGUGCACAUUUGAAACUUUUUGAUCUUAAAAGAAGGGGCAUCAAACUCAGUUGGAAUAUGAUUCCUAUACUGCUAUGUUCAUCUAUUUGCCCUUUUAUAUGGUUAAGAUUUUAAAUAAGAAAGUUUUUGUAAGAGUGAAGUUUUGGCAGAUCAUAUAUGCCUUUUUGUGUGCAUGGACAGUUUGUUUUCUACUGAAGACACUAGUUGUUUAUCUUACUAAUGUAUUCUGAGAUAUUCAUGUAACAUUCUUAAUUCAACAUAUAUCAUUUUCAUUUUGAGGCCACUACCAAAA